AUGCCUAUUUCUUGGACUCGUUGCCGGCACAUUGCCACUGUGAUCGUCCAAGCUGGAAGACCUAUGUCGACACACGAGAAGAUCAUGGAGUGGCCUACCAGGACUCGGUGGAGGAUGAGUCCGAAGAGGUUCUGCAGAAAUUGGAUGAUCUCACCCGACUUGACCAGGCUCUCUACAAGGCAACGGUCGAGCGCUUCGUCCGCGACGUGGAGGAGGUGGAGAAGCGCUUUGGGGCAAAGAUCCUGUGCGAGAAGCAGAGGCAGAUGCUACAUCAAAAGACCAUCUUCGAGUGAGCGCGAAUUCCAGCGGCUUCGCUAG